UCGAUCCUAGCUAUCUGCAUAUUCUCCAUAUAUAUUGGAUCCUUUCACACAUUAUUGUUUCCCAACCCUAAAGUUCGAUCUUCUCUAAUCUCUAUCAUUCUCAUAAAUCAUCUCUCAACCAACAUUACAGAAAAAAAAACUUUCUUUGCUGCCAAACACUACUACUUGUUUUCUCCUGGCCGGCCGGUAUAGUUAUUAAUUCUCUGAUCAUGGAACCUUUGAUCAGUUCUUCAUCAAGGGUUUCGGCCUGCAGACUCCUAAUCAUGAUAUUGUUCAUUAUGUUGGUUGUCUCCUCUUCUCCUUGUUUAUCGUCGUCCUUGCAUCCUAUGUACAUCGACUCAACGGCCAUGCACCGAAACCACACAGCAAUAUCAGAGUUUCGGCUAUUAAACAGAAGAACAUUAGCCCAAUGCCCCAACACUAGCCCUCUCCUGCAAAUUAAUGUCAGUUUGAAUUCCAACCUUUCGGAUGAACAAUAUCUCACGGUUACUGUUACCGGAGUUUCGAAUCCGUCGGGGAAUGAUUGGGUCGCCAUGAUCUCACCUUCUCAUGCUAGUGUGGAAAGUUGUCCAUUCAACGAGGGUUUUUAUUUACAAACAGGUGAUCUUAGCAGUCUUCCUCUACUCUGUCAUUAUCCUGUCAAGGCAAUGUACAUGAGAAAAGAUGCCGACUAUCUAAGUUGCAAGAAGAAGGAAUGCAAGAAAUACAAAAAGGGCGUAUGUUUAUCCUACACUUGCAGUGGUACUUUAACAUUUCAUGUUAUCAACAUCAGAACCGACAUCGAAUUCGUAUUGUUUGGAGGGGGAUUUUUGACUCCUUGUGUUUUAACCAAGUCCAGACCUAUCAAUUUUGCCAAUCCAAACCAGCCUUUAUAUGGACAUAUCUCAAGCAUAGAUUCAACUGGAACAUCGAUGAGAGUAACAUGGGUAAGUGGGGAUAAGAAACCUCAACAAGUACAAUAUGGAGAUGGAAAAACGCAGACAUCUGUAGUUACUACAUUCUCACAAGCUAAUAUGUGCAGCUCAGCUUUAGAGAGUCCAGCCAAGGACUUCGGGUGGCAUGAUCCUGGGUUCAUUCAUUCUGCAGUUAUGACAGGACUUAAGCCCUCGAGCACCUUCUCUUACAGAUACGGGAGCGACUCAGCUGGUUGGAGUAAACAAACCCAAUUUCGAACUCCACCUGCUGGUGGAUCAGAUGAACUCAAGUUUUUAGCAUUUGGCGAUAUGGGAAAGGCUCCUCGUGAUGCUUCUGCCGAGCAUUACAUUCAGCCGGGAUCCCUCUCAGUGAUUAAAGCCAUGGCCGAUGAAGUAGAUUCUAACCAGAUAGACUCGAUCUUCCACAUUGGAGAUAUAAGCUAUGCCACUGGCUUUUUAGUUGAAUGGGAUUUCUUUCUUCACCAAAUAAGCCCUGUGGCAUCAAGAGUUUCUUACAUGACGGCAAUUGGAAACCAUGAGAGGGACUAUAUAGACUCAGGAUCAAUAUAUAUAACUCCAGACUCAGGAGGUGAAUGUGGAAUUCCUUAUGAAACUUACUUUCCCAUGCCAACACCAGCAAAGGAUAAGCCAUGGUAUUCCAUAGAACAAGCUAGUGUUCACUUCACAGUGAUGUCUACUGAGCAUGAUUGGUCAGAAAAUUCUGAGCAGUAUGGGUGGAUGAAAAAGGAUCUGGCUUCCGUGGAUCGGUCAAAAACUCCUUGGUUAAUUUUCACGGGGCAUAGACCCAUGUAUUCUUCCUCAAACAGUAUACUUAGUGUCGAUCCAGAAUUUAUCAAGAAGGUAGAACCAUUACUGUUACAAAACAAAGUUGAUCUGGCUCUCUUUGGCCAUGUUCAUAAUUAUGAGAGAACCUGCUCAGUUUACCAAAAUAAUUGCAUGGCCAUGCCUAAAAAGGAUAGAAAUGGAAUUGAUACAUAUGAUCACAGCAAUUAUAGUGCCCCACUGCAUGCAGUUAUUGGUAUGGCUGGCUUUUCCUUGGACAAGUUCCCAAAUGAUGUGGAAAGCUGGAGUCUGUCAAGGAUUUCCCAGUUUGGUUAUUUUAGAGGGCAUGCAACAAAAAAAGAGUUAAACUUAGAGUUUGUAAAUUCAGAUACAAAGAAAGUUGAGGACAGCUUUCGCAUCAUUAAAGCAUAAGGUCCUUGUGGAAAGAUUUGGGAUCACAAAGACAGAUGAAUUACCGACUCACCAAAUCAUCUUUGGAGCAUCUCUUUUGUACAUUUACUUCUGUAAUAAAUUUUUGGCUUUUGAGCAAAUAUAAUGUGUUUCUUUUUCUUUAUAAUGCCUUUUUGUUUUUGUAAUUAGGCAUAGCAAGAGCCAUACAUGCACCAUUUGGCUUGUUUUUUUAUAGACUUUACCAAAGAAAAAAUAAUGCAAUAUCAUAGUACUUGGUGGAAA